GCUGUCUUCCGGGUAGCGCGAGCCUCCGGGCUGGGGUUCCGGACGCUAGGGCGCCCGCGCCGGCUGGCUGGCCGGCCUCCCUCCGUCCCUCGCUUUUGGGUCGUGGUUACUCAUCGCCCUUUGCAGACUUGGCUCGGGGCCUCCUUCGCUGUCCGUGUCCCUCGCGGGGCCCCAUUGGUUCCCAGUGCCCGGCCUCGGGCCCUGGGCAGUGUGAUGCUGCCCGAGUGCGGACUGGAACACACGCACGAGGCCGGCUAGGGCAGAGUUGCUUCUACCUUCCCGCUCUCUCCCAGGUUACCUCAAAGUAGCGUUUUCCGGAAGCAGCAGCCCUUUCUGAGGGGAUGGGCGCAGCCAGGCCAGAUGGACGAGAAGACCAAGAAAGCAGAGGAGAUGGCCCUGAGCCUUGCCCGGGCAGUGGCUGGCGGAGAUGAACAGGCUGCUAUCAAGUAUGCCACCUGGCUGGCAGAGCAGAGGGUGCCCCUCAGGGUGCAAGUAAAACCCGAGGUCUCCCCAACACAGGACAUCAGAGACCAAGUCUUACUCUGUAAUCCAAGUUGGCCUGUAAAUCACUGUGUAGCCAUGGCUAGCUUUCAACUCAAGACAGUUCUAUUUUGGAAGUAUUGGCAUUACAGGCUCUGUGUGAGUGUGGAGGAUGCGUACAUGCACACCGUCACCAUUUGGCUCACAGUACGCCCGGAUAUGACAGUGGCCUCCCUUAAGGACAUGGUAUUCCUGGACUAUGGCUUCCCACCUAGCCUGCAGCAGUGGGUGGUUGGACAGAGGCUGGCACGAGACCAGGAGACCUUGCAUUCACACGGCAUUCGGCGGAAUGGAGACGGUGCCUAUCUCUACCUGCUGUCAGCCCGCAACACGUCACUCAACCCACAAGAGCUGCAGCGGCAGCGGCAACUGCGAAUGUUGGAAGAUUUGGGCUUCAAGGACCUCACCCUUCAGUCACGGGGGCCCUUGGAACCUGUCCUUCCGAAGCCCAGGACCAACCAGGAGCCGGGACAGCCAGAUGCAGCACCGGAGUCACCACCGGUGGGCUGGCAGUGCCCUGGCUGCACUUUCAUCAACAAACCCACACGGCCUGGGUGUGAGAUGUGCUGUCGUGCAAGGCCUGAGACCUACCAGAUACCUGCUUCAUACCAGCCUGACGAGGAAGAGCGAGCACGCCUGGCCGGCGAGGAGGAGGCGCUGCGCCAGUACCAGCAGCGGAAACAGCAGCAGCAGGAGGGGAACUACCUGCAGCACGUGCAGCUGGAGCAGAGGAGCCUGGUGCUGAACACCGAACCUACUGAGUGCCCUGUGUGCUACUCAGUGCUGGCACCCGGCGAGGCCGUGGUGCUGCGUGAGUGUCUGCACACCUUCUGCAGGGAGUGCCUGCAGGGCACCAUCCGAAACAGCCAGGAGGCGGAGGUGGCUUGCCCCUUCAUUGACAGCACCUACUCAUGCCCCGGCAAGCUGCUGGAGAGAGAGAUCCGGGCGCUCCUGUCCCCUGAGGACUACCAGCGUUUCCUGGAUCUGGGUGUGUCCAUCGCAGAGAACCGAAGCACCUUGAGCUACCACUGCAAGACCCCCGACUGCAGGGGUUGGUGCUUCUUUGAGGAUGAUGUCAACGAGUUCACCUGUCCUGUGUGCACCCGUGUCAACUGCCUGCUCUGCAAGGCCAUCCAUGAGCACAUGAAUUGCAGGGAGUACCAAGACGACCUGGCCCUGCGGGCUCAGAAUGAUGUGGCUGCCCGGCAGACGACAGAGAUGCUAAAGGUAAUGCUGCAGCAGGGCGAGGCCAUGCACUGCCCACAGUGCCGGAUUGUGGUGCAGAAGAAGGACGGCUGUGACUGGAUCCGCUGUACAGUCUGCCACACUGAGAUCUGCUGGGUCACCAAGGGCCCACGCUGGGGCCCAGGGGGCCCAGGGGACACCAGUGGUGGCUGCCGCUGCCGGGUCAAUGGGAUUCCAUGCCACCCAAGCUGUCAAAACUGCCACUAAGUCGACGAUGGUGGCUCUCAUACUGACCCAGCCCCACAUGUAUAGCAGUGAACAGCAGGGCUAGGCAAGGGACUGGCCUGGUUUGGCCCCAUACCUUUAGGCUUGGUAAGGGAGAAAGCCCGAGCUGUACUGCAGUCUGAUUGCUGUGUUACAAGGACCCAGCUGAGCUGAUGUCAUUCGCACUGCCUCUGUUGCUUCUGGCUGACCAGACCUCAUGGCCCUGCACUAGACACCCGACCCUUACUAGCCACCAGCCUUAAUUAAACACGGCCUUGGCCUAAGGCCUGGCUGGCUAGUGCUCUGAGUGACUCUAUUUUCCCUGAGCUUGCUCCCUGAGGACCCACCACAGCCUCAUCCUUUGCCUUGCUGGCUUUCUGGGCACGUCUUAAAGCUGAUGUGAAUCCAUCCAGGGCCUAGGUAGAUUGGUAAGUCAGGAAACAGCCCAUGGGGUUCAGCUCUGCAUCCUCCUCUUUAAGUGAAUUAAAGUGGUUUUCCCAGAA